AUGGAUGAGAGCGAGAACAAACCGAGUCAUCCUCCGGUGAUCUCCACCUGGUCGGAUCUUUGUCCGGACUUGCUACGAAGUGUUUUCGAACUAUUGAGUUUCACAAAUCUCGUGCGAGCUAAGUCAGUUUGUAAGUCAUGGAACUCUGCUUGGAGAAGCUGCACCCCCAAGCGAAAUCAGAUUCCGUGGCUGAUACUCUUCCCACAAGAGAACCAAACCAAUAGUAACAAUAAUAGUUGUGCUUUAUUCGUUCCAGAUGAUAAAGACAACAUUUACAAGACACGAGAUCUCGGUGCUAACUUCACACGAAGCCGUUGUGUUGCGAGUUACGGUAGCUGGCUCUUGAUGCGAGACCACGUUCGGAAUCUAUACAUUAUUAAUCCAUUGACGUUAGAGAGAAUUGAUCUACCACAGUACUAUUCCUUAUCUAAACACUUGAUCAGACAACCACGCCUAGCUUGUCUCUGGGUAGACAACAUAACCAGAAAUUACCUAGUCCUUUGGGUCUUGUAUGACCAUAUGGUCUACACUAGGAAAGGUGAUGGCAGGUGGAGAACCGCUAGCACUGAUCGCGUUGGAGAACCUAAACAAAUUGUCUAUAACUGCAAAGAUCACAAGGUCUACUUUACUACCGAAUUAUCUUGGAUAGUCUUUGUUUGGGAUUUCUCUGAUGACAUCCCAAAAGAAAAUCAGAAUCUUUUACCUUUUGACGUCGCGAUAUAUGACCUUUUCGAUGAAGGCACAGUCGAGUUGAGUAAGUAUUUUUACUUUAGAAGAAUGAUUGCAACCAGAGUAUCUGGACAAGUUCUGGUUGUAACUUGUAUGGUGCAGGACUCCAUAUGGCAGUUUCGCAUCUUCGAGUACGAUCCUCUGACGACGAGUUGGGAAAAAGCGGAUGAUUUAGGUGAUGAGGCUCUAAUCCUCGACAUGGGUUUCACUGUUGUCGCCAAAGAUAUCAUCCCUGCAGGGCUGAAGAGAAACUCUAUCUACUUCAGUGGUAGCGAUCAUUACAAAAAGGAUCCGGACCAUAUAUUUGUCUAUGAUCUCGGCACCCGAACCACAGAGCAUUUGCCACAAUCGGUUGUCUCCUCGGUAGGCUUCUCCCAUGCUCGAUGGUUCUUCCCGGAUAUCACCUGUUAA